AUGGGUUUCCUGUACAGUCAGCUCGUCACUUCUCUUCCCUAUCCAAAGGGUUCCUACGUCGGCAAAACUGUUGUUGUUACUGGCAGCAAUGUCGGACUAGGCAAGGAGGCAGCUCGGCACUUUGCACGCCUGGGCGCUCAAAGAAUCAUCCUCGCUGUUCGUAACGUGGAGAAAGGCCAGGCCGCAGCGGAGGACAUUCUCCGGACCACACGCCGCGACAAUGAAAAAGACUUCAUCCAGGUAUGGAAACUCGACAUGAGCAGCUAUGACAGCGUUCAACGAUUCGCAAAACGCGCCGAGAGCGAUCUGCCACGCAUUGACAUCUUCAUCGCCAAUGCUGGUGUUGCUCCUGUCAAAUUCACUCGCGUGGAAGGUGAAGAAGAGAUGAUCACUGUCAACGUUAUCAGCACCUUCCUUCUUUCGCUCUUGAUGAUGCCCAAACUAGAAGAAACAGCCCGCAAAUUUGGGGUCAAGCCAACGUUGACCAUUACCUCAUCUGAAGUUCACGGUCACACCACAUUCCCGCAAAAGUCAGCUGCUGAAGGCCAGAUCUUCAAAUCUUUGAACGACGAGGCCACUGCAGACAUGGACGAUCGAUAUCCAGUCUCCAAGCUCCUCGAGGUGUUCGGUGUCAGAGCCUUUGCCGAAAGACACCCUGCUCACGCGUUCCCUGUCACGCUUAACUGCGUCAACCCAGGGUUGUGUCAUUCUGAACUUUCGCGUCACGCUGGGUUCGCCAUGACUGUCAUCAAGACCAUUCUAGCUCGCAGCACGGAACAGGGUAGCAGGACUUUAGUGCAUGCGGCUUCGUUGGGCCCAGAGUCACACGGUCAUUAUGUCACGGAUUGUCAGAUUACACUGCCAAGUCCCUUUGUCAUGAGCGCUGAAGGAAGGCAAGCACAGGACCGUGUUUGGGAUGAAUUGAUGCAGAAGCUUGAGAAGAUUCAUCCAGGCAUUAGCAAAAUUUGA